AUGCUUAUCGACUUGGCAGACGUAGUGCGUAAUACUACUAUUACCGCGGACGCAACUCAAAUCGCUGCCGAUACCGCCGCGGUGGCGGCCAUCUGGUCGUUCGGCCUUAGCAUGGCCGUGUUCGCCACACUUGAGGCUACCGAGAUAAUUAAAAGAGCCGUAAUCUCUCAGAAAUCGGGGGAACUGAACGCCAAAUUGAAAACCGUCGAUACCGAUAUCUCGGCCAAAAUCGGUAAUAAGGUUCACCGUUACAUUGUCCAGUACAAGGCUAAUAACAACUUGAUUCAGUCGAAAUCGCCAAAAGGCCUCGAUACCAAAAAAUGCCGCUCACUGCUCAUGCAGUUCAUGGCCGAAGUGCAAAAGUCUACCGGAAACCUCGAUGUCGCUUCUUUCAAGAAAUACGCCGAGUCGGCGCGGAGGCUCUAUAAUAGCGAUGAGAUCAACAAAGUUUACGACGCUUUGGAUGAUUUGAAUUUCAGUUCAAAGUCGGACGACGAUAUCCAGAAGUUCCUGGGUGUCAUCCAGGGACUGGAUUACCCUAGCACGGCCAUGGCAAUCGUCCGAGGCAUUUCGAUUGCCAUCAUGUAUUACAAGCUGAACAUCGCCAGCAACAAGAUCGAAGCCAACGCCCAGGCGGCUGGAUUCGAUGCUGCAGAGGUGGAGGCGAGCACUUUCGAGAUGCUCGAUGCAGUGGGACAGUUCUUCACCGUCGUUGCGGUCGUCAUGUCUGUGAUCGAUACGGUGUUGGAAAUCCUCGACAUCGUCGACGUGGUGGAGCAGACAAAGCAGAUGUGCGACAAAUUGAACGGGCCCAUCAAAGACAACUACAAGACGUAUUUCGGUGGCAUCAAGACUGCAUCUCAACAAUACAACGCCGCCAUCACUCAGGCCAAGUCUCGUUACGGGUGA